AUGACCAUACCCACUACGCAGGAACUGGAAGCCUUUUGGACCAAGGCACUUGACGAACUUCCGUCUACUCCUGAUAACAUUCCAGCGUUCUUCUUUGGCCACGGUUCGCCGAUCCUGGCCUACCCCGCAUCGGCUGCCAAAGGUCUUGGAGAGUUUGCGGCGUACCAGGGACCCACUGGGCCUCUCUAUCGGUUCUUGAAACAGUUCGGACCUACAUUGUUGAAGAAGUAUCAGCCCAAGGCUAUUGUAGUGUUCAGUGCACAUUGGGAGACCUAUCGCGAGAGACUAGGUGCGAAGUGGUCUGGAUCGGACAAGGAGUUGUUGGUAGCUAACCACAGGGCUUUCUUCACAGUAACUGAUUACGGGGAUGAGAACCCGCUGUUGAUGGAUUAUUAUGGGUUCCCCCCUGACUUGUACAAGUUGAAGUUCAAGUCGAGAGGUGAUAGUACGUUGGCGAAGAGAUUGGUUGAGUUGUAUCAAAGGGCAGGCCAAAAGGCGCGCUUGACUCCUGCGAGCGAGGCUCGGGGUGAAGAUGGGAGAGGUUUCCAGGGACCCGGCCUUGAUCAUGGCGUUUUUGUUCCGUUUAGGAUCAUGUUUGGAGAGGAGUUUACCAGUAUCCCCGUUGUUCAAGUGUCGAUCGACGCUAGUCUUGACCCGGAGAAGAACUGGCAAGUGGGCAAGGUCGUUUCGGAACUGAGGAAAGAAGGGGCGUUGGUGUUGUCGGGUGGGUUGACUGCUCAUAACCUAGGAGACAGGACGUCGUUCUCCCCAGUUACCGCCCGACCAGCGCACAAAGAGUUUGACGCGGCGAUCCAUAGGGCCAUCAACGUCAAAGAUUCGGAUGCGAGGAAGAAGGCGCUGUUUGAUCUGACCAGGCAUCCUGGGUUUAGGGCGUCGCAACCACGAGAAGACCACUUUGUGCCGCUGUACGUUGCUGCAGGGGCUGGAGAGGGUGGAGAGGUCAAGACUAUUGUGAACGCGUAUGGGAUUCCUACGUUCGCAUUUGGGUUGUAG